AGCCACAAUGGAAAGGAGCUCUGUGACCUGAAGCCACCUGGAGAAAUCAUCAGGGAAACUUUAUGUAGUCUCACACACACAGGUGUCCAAGCAAUAUAGAAGAGAAAAAUAUAACACGUGUCUCAGAAUUUCACCUCAUGGGCCUCUCAGAUGAUCCACAGCUUCAGCCCAUACUCUUUGGACUGUUCCUGUCCAUGUACCUGGUCACAGUGCUUGGGAACCUGCUCAUCAUCCUGACAGUCAGCUCUGAUUUCCAGCUCCACAGUCCAAUGUACUUUUUUCUCUCUAACUUAUCUUUGGACGACAUCAGUUUCACCUCUACCACACUACCAAAGAUGAUAGUGGACAUUCAGACUCACAACAGAGCCAUCUCCUAUUCAGGAUGCUUGACUCAGAUGUCUUUUUUCAUGCUCUUUGGGUGUUUGGAUAGUCUGCUUCUAACUGUAAUGGCUUAUGAUAGGUUUGUGGCCAUCUGCCAUCCUUUACACUACCAGGUCAUUAUGAACCCUCGUCUUUGUGGCUUGUUGGUUUUUGUGUCUGUUCUAAUCAGCCUUUUGGUAUCUCAGAUGCAUAAUUCAGUAGUAUUACAACUUACCUACUUCAAGAGUGUGGACAUUUCCCAUUUCUUUUGUGAUCCCUCUCAACUUCUCAACCUUGCCUGUUCUGAUACAUUUACCAAUAACAUAGUCAUGUAUUUUGUUGGUGCCAUCUCUGGCUUUCUUCCCAUCUCUGGGAUUUUGUUCUCUUACUAUAGAAUUGUUUCUUCCGUUCUUAGAAUGCCAUCCCCUGGUGGGAAGUAUAAAGCAUUCUCUACUUGUGGCUCUCACUUGUCGGUUGUUUGCUUAUUUUAUGGGACUGGCCUUGGGGUAUACCUCAGUUCAGCUGUCUCGCUGUCUCCCAGGAAGGGGGCGGUAGCAUCAGUGCUGUACACUGUGGUCACCCCCAUGCUCAACCCCUUCAUCUACAGCUUAAGAAACCAGGACAUCAAGAGGGCCAUGUGGCGGCUCCUCCGAAAAACAGUCUAAUUUCAGGACCUGUGCCCUUUAUAUCUUUGCUUAUCUCAAUCACAAAAUUCCUAAUUCUCAUAAUACCUAUGGAAUCUUCACAUGUUUAAUACUUCAUUAAUAGCCAUACAAUUGAAAGCACUGGGCAGCUUCCUUUCUUAUAUAUUCAGAAUGGGGGAAGUAAGUAAAUUCAUCUUCCCUUUCAUAUCAUAAGAAAAUCUGUAACAAGCUUCUUGUCACAUUUUAGUGGGUAUAGGCCUACACUAGUAUAUACUUAUUAUACGUACUUAUUAAAAGGGUACACCAUGCUGUGUAAUAUGUGUGAUAUACAAAUUUCCGUCAUAGAAAUGAAAAUGACACUUGUCGUCUCUCCGUGUGUGUGUCUUCAGAAAAGCUCUACAUGUGUUUGCUUUACUGUCUUUGGUGUGUGGUACUUGGAAGGUUGACCAUGUUACAGUGGAUGAUUCCAUGUUCAGGCACAUAUAGGCAGUGCUAUUGGCCUCAGUGUGUUAAAAAAGAGUAUGUGAAAUUGGGCGGGAGGAGGAAGGGAUGAUCUGGGAGGAGUUGAAUGGGGCAUAGAGGGGAAUGUGACCAAAUAAACUGUAUGCAGGUACGAAACUCUCAAAGAACAAAAUAAACACAUUAUAUAUUAAGAAUUUGCUUUUAUUCAUGUUGUCUAUGUGAUGUAGGUUAUUGGUAAUCAAGGCUGUUUUUAUGAGGUUGCUCAAGGCUUUUGUAAAGAUUACUGAUGCCUAUGGGGCUCUUACAAAACACCUGAUACAUACUACCCAUGUUGUGGCUUACACUCCUUGUAACUCCAGUUCCAUUGCAUACUGCGUUGUCUUCUGACC